AUGGCCUGCCGAAGCUGUCGCACGCGCAAGGUCAGGUGUGACCGAACCCGACCCUCGUGUAAGAACUGCAUGCAGCGUGGAGACGAAUGCAUCUACAUCGGCGAACGGCGGAAGCGACGGAAGCUGGACGAUGGAAGCGCGGACUCAUUGCCUCAGGACGCACACGAACGUCCACCGACGGAGCCUCAGGAGACGGCGUCUCCUCUAGUGGUCCGUCACAACCAGUUUCUCUAUAUGAGCGAUUUGGGCUCUGUAUCAAGCAGCACCGGUAGCGUUAGAAUAACGGUGGCUGAGUCAACUACGGACCCAUGGCAGGAGGAACUUCUCGAUCAAAUCCUGGAUGGCGACGAUAGUGACCCUCUCAGGGACCGCCACCCAGCCAUAUGGAUGCGUACGGACGAUGCAGAGGAGUACUCGGGUCCCUCUUCUGGAAUUGCAGGCAUCUCGGACUUGGGGCUAAAGUGGAUUCGGAGUCGCGUCCCCGAGUCUGACGAAUUGUGUCGCACCAUUGAGUACGUGCGAGAAGGCCUUAUGACGCAUUUGCGACAAUGCAUCCCACGACAAUCGUUUCCCAAUCCCGAGAUGUCUGCCGUUUGGACGGCUCUUCCACCACCGCAUACUGUCCGCAAAUAUGUGGACACGUAUUUCUCGACCGUGCAAACGGUCUUCCCGGUGAUCGAUGCAGUCCUUUUCGAUGAGAUGCUGACUGAAUGGUACCAACAGCCUUCAUGUCAAAGUGAUUCCUGGAAAGCCCUAUUAAAUGCGGUGCUGGCAUCGGGGUGCCGAGCCGCGUUAUCGAAUGACACGGCGUCCGCCUUCCAAAUUUCUAGCAGCCAGUCGUGGGGGCUAUUUCAGAAUGCCCUUAACUACGAACCAAAGCUGGUGCAUAGUACCACGGAUCUAUUGGCUGUCCAGGCACUCGUAGUCAUGGUUGUCUUCGCACAGGGCAUGUCGUGCUCACAACGACUGGAAUACAUUCUCUGCUCCACUGCCGCACGGUUAGCACAUAGCUUGGCUCUCAACCGACAUGUCCCAAGAAAGUGGCGUAUGUCCGAACGCGAACAGCGUGAGCGUCACCGUCUGUUUUGGGUGAUUUACUGUCUUGAUAAGAGCAUCGCUUUGCGCUCUGGGCGACCACCGGUGAUCCAUGAUGAAGACAUUAGUUGUCCCUUCCCGCGGGAUGUCCGAUAUGGAACGGCAAAGGUAGUCUCCAUGGAAAGGGAAGUAAACACUGAAGAGGUCUUCUUCGAUUUUUUUCUUUGCUUGGCCAAGUUUUAUCGCAUAUGUAGUCUUAUGAUGCAAAAGCUAUACUCGACUCUAGCCCUCUGUCAGCCAACAUCCAGGCUACAAACUGUGGCGAAUGGAAUCCUGACGCGUCUGGAGAAAUGGCGUGAAAGCAUUCCUGAGCGAUUUCGACCCGGUCAGUCCUUCUCCCGUCUACCUAUGGGUGGUCUUCUUCUACGCAUGCAAGUGCUGGUGCUGCAUUUCUCUUAUUAUUAUGCCGUUUGUGCUGUCUACCGCCGCUUCACACCUAUGUUUCUACAGGGCAAUGAAGAGGAUAAGGCGGCAGAAUGUACUCCGCAAGGCUCGUCAGUCACACAUAUUGAAGCGGCUAGGUCGAUGGCCCUCCUAACAAAAUAUCUCGAUGUAGAGAGCUAUACCCCCGCUUGGCUCCUCUUUUAUUAUCCAACAACUGCACUAGCGACUAUAUUUAUGCAUACGGUCACAGCGCCAUUGUCGGUAUCUGCACUUAGCGAUAUUGCCCUGAUGGAGGCCGUGGCCGGCUUUUUCGGUCGCCUCGAAUUCAUGACUUUUGGAGAGGCUGCGUUCACCAAAACUAGCGAGUUCGCGCGUCAGGCACGAUGUAUCGUAGAAAAAGCUUUGAGCCAGAACCAGAACAAGCGACGUGUCCUCGGUGAGUCUACCGGGCAGAAAGAAAUGCUGCAUCCAUCCUCGGUGGCGCUUACCAGUGAAAUGAAAGAUACUCUGGGUAACCGACGCCCAGGCAUCACGGUCCAUGAUAAUGAGGAGGAUCUCACUAACCCCUCGGCCCAACCGAUGGUCCUCGAGCAAAUUACCUCGACCUUGUCAACCCAGCUGAGACAUAGCGACUUGAAUUGCACAGGUUCGCAAGUGACUGAUCCAAUCGCAAACAGGUCUGGGGGCGGAUGGAAUCCCCCGGAUUUUGGACACACGCCUUCAAGUCUGUGUAAUCAUAUGACAGACGACAUCGAUCUAUCUUUUGUACAUCUCCCUGGUGGGCAUUUGUCGGAUGAAUGGCUAUCUGCAACCCGGCUAGACCUUGCUUGA